AUGGAUUUUAAAGAUGAAAACAAUUCAUCAGGAGGAUUGGUAGAUGGGGCAAUUAUAUUAGAUGAGGAAAUAAAUAAAAAUCAAAUCAAUAAUAAUAAUUAUAAAAACGACGAUAAUGAUAACUAUAGUUCAACUCAUAAUAAAACCAAAGACAGCUCAUCAAAUUUAUUAAAUAGAGAAGAUACCUAUAAGCGUUAUGGAUAUCAAGAAGGUGAGUUUAAUUCAGAAAAUAAUCAAAAUAAUUCAGAGCACUCUUCAUUAAAUAAAAAAGGUAUAAGAAAUUUAAUAUCACCUAUUAGUCCUCACCUCACAUCUUCGUCGUCUUUUUCAAAUAUCAAUGAUAUUGAUAAUAAUAGUAAUAGUAAUAUAAACGAAAAUGAUAACGAAAUCACAUUAAAUAAUGACACCAACAAAAAUAACGAUGACAAAAAUAAUUAUAAUAAUAAUAAUUUAGAAGGUAGCAGCGGGUUUGGUGGUGAAAAUAGUAUUAAGAAAAGUAUUAGUAGUGGUUAUAUAAACGAAAAUAAUUUAGACAAUUUAAAUAAUAAUAGUAAUAUAUUAAAAAAUUUCAAUAAUCAUGACCACUUUGAAAAUACUUUAAAUAAUAAUAAUUUAGAAUCAAAUUCUAUCCAUCCACAAAAAAAUAAAAUUCAAAAAAAAAUUAAAAAAUUAAAAAAAUCUAAAAAUGCUGAAAAGGGUUCAAAUAAUUCAAAAAAUAAUUUAAAAAAUAAUAAUUUUGAAAAUAAACAACAACAACAGGCCUCAGAAAAUUCUAUUGGUAAUAGUACAAUAAAUAGUGAACAAAAUAAAGUUAUUUUCGAUAAUAGUUUAAAAAACAGUAAUAAUAAUUUUUUAAAUAAUCAAAAUCAACAAUCACAACAACUACAAAAACAAAUAAAAAUGGAGUUAUCAGAUCCAAUUUCAGACCAACAAUUGGAGACCUCCACUGAUAUAACAACCAAUAGUGAUACAUUAGAAAAUGAUAAUAAUACUACAUCAACUUCUCUUAAUAAUAGUAACCAUAAUAGUGUCGAAAAUAGUCCAAAAUUAAAACCCCAAGAAACUUCAAACACUACUGACCCCACCACUACUACUACCACUACCAAUACCACUACUACCACCCUAUCACCAUUAGAAGAUAGCAAUAAUACCAACAACCAAAAAGUUGAAAACUCAAAUUUAAAAGUCGAAUAUCGAAACGAGCCAGAGGAAUACGAUAGACAACAAUUUUAUGAAUAUAGAGAUGACCACAGAGAGAAUGGUGAGCAUGGUGAACCAUCCAUAAAAACCGAAGAAGAUCUUAAUAAGAAAUAUAGCGAUUUUAAUGAAGGAAAAAGAUUGAAAAAUCUUAGUUAUUGGUUAUAUUUUAAAUUCCUAUUUAACAAAAACAAAUACAAAUGGGAUAUUAAUCAAAAUAAAAGGUUUUAUCUAGCUGCUCAGAUUAUAACCAGAUUUGGUUUUCUUUCAAAAACAAUUUUAUAUUGUUCAUUAGGUGUUUUAUCCAUUGCAGCUGCAGUUGAUAAAGAAAGAUCUGUACAGGGCCCAGACGGUGUUUUUGAGGAAUUACAAGAGAUGUUUAGUGGUGGUGUAAUUAUUUUAUUGCUUUUAGGUUUAUGGUCAUAUGGUUGCUGGGGUAUUUUUUAUAUUGUUUUUGAUGUCGAUCAACUAGGUCAUAAAGGUGCAGGUCCAAUUUUAAAAAGAUUUGGUAGAAUUUUUUCAUCCGGUUUCUACUUUGUAUUAGGUGUAGAUGCUGCUCGUGUUGUCGCUCAUACAAGAAAACAAGAAAGUGGUACAUCUCAUAUCCUAGGUUUCCUCUAUAAAUAUGUCUUUGGUAAAAUUAUAGUAUGUGUGUUGGGUGUCACAUUCUUUGUUGUAUCUUUGGUAUAUUUAAUAUAUUUUAUUAAACCAGAUAAAUUCAAGCGUGAACUUUCAACCGAACGUAUGAACAAAUAUUUAUAUUGGAGCGCUUUGGGUUUUGCUAGAAUUGGUGCUGUCGGAAGAUCAAUGUUCUUUGGUGCUUUUGGUGGUGUUUUAAUUAAAGCUGUGGCCGAUAUCAACAAGGGAAAAGAAGCUGAUACUUCAUUAUUGGGUUUCCAGGGUGUUUUCCAACAAAUUGCCAACUAUAAUACUACGCUUCUAUUUAUUAUUGCCAUUUUAAUUAUGUUUUAUGCUUUAUGGUGUUUUUGGUUAAUGUUUUUCAGAAGGCUACCAGCUCAUCAAGAUGCCAAAUAUGCUCGUGAGGUCUUGGGUAGUGCAAUCGAUAAAAAGUAUGUCUUUAAUGGUAUUCUCUUUAGAAUUUUAAAGAAUUAUGAAGACCAAGAAAAUGAUCAAGAUGUAAAUGACUUGUCCGAAUAUAAUGAACAUCAUGCUAAUGAUGUUAUGUCACCAUCACUAUCUAAAAAUAUACCAUUUAAACAAAAUGUCGAUAAUGAUAAUAAUAAUAAUAACAACCAAGAAAAUUUAGAUGGAAAUACCUUUAAUUAUUAUGUUGAAAAUCAAAAGGAAAUUCCUUCAAAUAUCGAUAAAACUUAUAAUAUUUAA